AAUUUCGCGACCGCAUUGCCCAGCAGGUCGCAGGCUUGCAGCUCUUAUUUAACAAGCGUUUGACGAUUUCUCAAUGAAAAUGAUCCGGAAUCGCUUUGGUACCUUGUCGCGCGUGUCCGUCCAGCUGCAGCGCCAUGUCCAGCAGAUGUCCACGAAUGCGGCAGUGGCUCCGGCAGAGGGAACCACCGUCAAUGAGUUCCGGACGGCUGUCGGCAAUCCCGGCGAGCACACGGCGCUGCAGGUGGCCAAGUUCUACACCAUACCCGCGGAGCAGAAAAAGCAGAUCUUUGGUGGUGGCGGCCUGCCCAAGCAGUACGAGCAGCAGAUCAAGACCUUCACGGAGGCCUGUCUGAUGGUCCGGAAUCCUGCCCUGGAACUUCUGCAGUACAUCAAAGACGGCGACUUGACCAAGCCGGUUGUGCGUUAUGUGCUGUACGGAGAAAAUGGAACUGGCAAGACCCUGACCAUGGCCCAUGUGCUGCACUACGGGGCCCUCAACGACUACCUGCUGGUCCACGUGCCCUGGGCGCCCAACUGGAUGAAGCGGCCCAAGGAGGCGUCCAAUGCCGCCGGCCAGGAGGGCAUGAUUGAUUUGCCGUUCGAUGCGGCCGCCUGGCUGGUGCACUUCAAGGCCCAAAACGGCCAGCUUCUUCAGCGGCUGCAGCUGACAACCAGCAAGGAGUACGUUUGGAGCAAGCGCGAGAGCACGCCGGCGGGCUCCACGCUCAUCGAGCUGGUCGAGCACGGGAUAGCACGCAUCAAGUACGCCUCGGAGACCACGGCGGCGCUGAUUGCGGAACUCAAACAGCUCUCCACCGCGGGCCAGUGCAAGGUGAUGGUGGCCAUCGAUGGCUACAAUGCCUUCUUCCAUCCGGUUACCCGCAUUUUCUCCGACAACAAGCAGCGCGUGACCCCAGAUCGAGUCACGCUCACCCAGCCCUUCCUCGACAUCACGAGCUACGACUGGACGAACGGAGUGUGCAUCCUGUCCGUGGACAAGAUCGCCAUGACCGAGGGCCACAUGGACUCCUAUAUGCCGCGCUAUCUGCUCGGCCAAGAGGGCUUCGAGCACCUGGAUCCCUUCGUGCCCAUCCACGUGGAGAACUAUACAGACAAGGAGUUCCACAGCUACAUCAGUUACUAUCUCGACCGCCACUGGAUCAACAAGACGCCGCAGGGAUUCGAGGAGCAGCUCAAGUUCAUGAGCAACAAGAAUCCCUACUCGCUGAUGCAGCUGGUGAGGGCCUUGUAGAGUCGGCAUUGUCCUGUAUUUGUUAGCCAAUAAAGAUAAAUCAUUUGUUAAACGCGGAUCACAAAAGCUUGGUCUCUGCCCUCCUCUCGAUAUUGAGUAAUUGGAGUGGAGAAUUCAAAUUGGAAAUUUAUUUAACGAUAAUCAGCAAUACAUAAUAAUGCACUGUAAAAUAUAUAGUUCGUACUUUCACA